CCUAAUGUGGUGUUUGGUUUCUCUUCCAGUGUUGUGACCACCCCCUGCUGUCCCUGAACAUGUAUGCCUGUGCAAAAUUCGUGUCUGCUCCUGCCCUAGUGAGGAACAGCUCCAGGCUGCUAUGCAGACCCGUCUCUGCCUCCAUGCUGAGCAGGCCUGAGGCCAAGACAGAUGAGCUUGGCUCCACCCAGAACGCCCUGCUCCAGGCUGUGCGCCGGGAGCUCCACACCAGCUCUGCCUCCCGGGACAUCGACACAGCGGCAAAGUUCAUCGGUGCUGGUGCUGCCACCGUUGGGGUAGCUGGCUCUGGGGCUGGCAUUGGAACGGUAUUCGGCAGCCUCAUUAUUGGCUAUGCCAGAAACCCGUCCCUGAAACAGCAGCUCUUCUCCUACGCCAUCCUGGGCUUCGCGCUCUCUGAAGCCAUGGGGCUCUUCUGCCUGAUGGUGGCUUUCCUUAUCCUCUUCGCCAUGUGAUGGAGCCAACCUCCUGCUGCGUUUCCUCCCGUGUCUAGUCGAUCGUGAGCGGUUACGAAUGUCCUAACGCAGGUGGGGGUAUCCCUGCCUCCUAGCCCAAUCUGUCUGGCCCAGCCCGGCUGAGGGAAGGUGAAUAAAUACAGUCUUGGUAUAUGG